AUGUCGUCUCCAGUAUUUUGCUUCUCGAACAAGAAGCCAACGUUAUGCAAAUCUGUAUGCGCGGAAGCCCAGAACGAGCUUGCCCUCAUGGUCACUCACUUCGUCAACCACCUGUUCGCACAUCCGACGGGCCCUGAAGACAUCCCUCUGCUUCCCUUGGCCAGUUGCUACCUGCACAAGAUGGUGCACUGGAAGAUGGCCCCCGCUACGCCCUUCGUAGCUCUUUACCUCUUGCAACGCCUCCGAACAUACCAUUCCUCCCUCCCACAAACGCCCGCACACCUCUUCAUGGCCGCCUGCAUGGUGGCCGCCAAGGUGGUCGAGGACCACACCUACCAAUCCGCCUACGUUUCCAAUGUUAUCGAGGGCCUUUGGUCCUCGGAGGAACUCAGCCAAAUGGAGCGACAGUUCUGUCAAGACCUGCGGUGGGACCUCAACGUCCACCCCGAGGCUCUGGCCGACUUCGAGCGCAGGGUUCGGAGCGACUACGCGGGAGACGGGCCUUACCCCGAGUACCUCCUCCCCGACUCCAACCUCGGCCCGCAAGACGCGACGGCGGUCGUCGGCGCCACCUUUGACCCUGUGCGCGGUUCGCCGGAGCCGUUGGAACAAUCAACCCUCUCCUUCGUCUAUCCUCCCCUCCGUGCGGACCCGUUCGUAUUGGUCACCCCCUCAGACUUCGCCUAUCCCACCCCGUCCGCGGACUCGGAGCUCGACAGCCCCAUCCAUCCCGGCCUUCGCUCGAAAUGGAGCUCUUCAGAAGCGGACUUCACGUCAGAUGGUGACUGGGACUCCGAUGAGUCGGAGUGGGAGGAGUCGCCGCCGUGGCCAGAGCCGGAGAGGGACCCGGCCAGUGCGGGCGUUUGGGCGCAUUUUUCGGCAGGGGUGCCAGCCGCCGCUUGCUGA